AAUGCUAGUGAGCAAUCAUCGGGAAAUAAUGAGAAAGAUACGGAUUUUUCUACAUCAAUCAAAGAUAUGCAUGACGUUAUCGAGAAGCAGUUAUCAUCACGAGCUGGUGGGGUGGCGCAUCAGAAUGAGGAGGUGUUUAUUAGCGAUGUUAUUAACGAUAUUGUUAAUUUUAUUGUUGUUGUUGUUGUUGUUGAAUUUGAACAUGUGCUGAUAUUAUCGUUGGCAAAUAACGACAACGAGGUGGAUGAGUCGAGAAUGGUGAUAGUGGACGACAAUAACGAGUUGAUGCGACGUGCGGUGAGGACUUCCAGAGGGGUGAAUAACGGCACUAAGCGAUUCACAUCCCAAUCUCCAACCACAACCAGCAACACGACAUCACCACAGAAAUCAGCUGCUGGUUGUUUCAUUGCUGACAGAAGAAAACAGAGAGGUCGACGACGUGCUAGAGGAGGCUCUGCAACGUCAGCAACUGUAACAACGAGUAAUAUGAAUAGCAAGGAUCAGUCACAACAACAGAUCGAUGAUAUAUACGAGUUUAGAAGCAGUCCUGAGUCGGAUAUUAACAUCAACAAAUCGGUAUCGGAUAUGACUGUAGCGUCGCUGUCGAAUCGUGAGAUGAGCGCACCGCCAGCUGCGAAAAGACAACGUAUCUCGACAGCCGCAACUUCAAGUAGUUUGCAA